CUCUGAUCAGUGUUUUUCGUCAACCCGAUAUAUCGGGUACGAUAUCUAGUCGCUAGCUAUCAUACUCGAUAUAGCUAGCUAACUCAAUAAAAGUGGUACGGAUAGCUAGCUAUCACAAGCCGAUAUUACCCGAUAACAUAUUUUUAUAGCUAGAUAAUCUCAAAGGCAUUUUUUUGCUUGGGAGCUCUUAAGAAAAGAACUAGAUGUAUUGUUGAACAUUCUUUUCUUUUAUAGUGCGACAACAACGACAGCUACAACAACAACGUGAGAAACGUGAAUUCGGUUAACCGAUGUUUUUUAUUUUAAAUUAAAACUGAGAAAAAGUGUUACUCUAGCCUUUCACAAAAAAGCCAUCCUGUUGAAAACUAAAAAUGAUAAAAAGACGGGCGAAAAUUCAGUCUUUUCAAAGCUCACCAUUAGUUACUGGACUGCGCUCUAAUUUAUUUGGUAUAUCUUCAGGUUAUUCUCCGUUUAUUGGUCACCUUUCGUUAGUACUCACACAUAGAAAUUUCAGCUUCAGUUACAAAAUCAUUUCUUGUUCACGACUCUUUUUCAAUGGUCGAUUACUUUUGAAUCCAUAGGACAACAACAACGGACACCACCACUACAUCGACAACAACUAUCACAACUACAUCGACGAUAACUACCACAACUACCACUAGCACGUCGUAAGUACCAUUUGAUGUUGCAAUACAGUGAUUAUUUUUGGAUGCCACACUUGAAGCUAAUUAGAGUUCUGAAGCGAUUUCGACAAUAACAAGAUUUAUGUGAUCGAACUAUAUUUGAUCAUUUUUUAGGACUGAUACUAGUACAAGUACAACCAGUACCAGUAGUACAACAACAACAACAGACACGACUACCACAACAAGUACUAGUAGCACGAGCACUACCACUAAAUACAAACAACAUAAAUUUAUCAUUGAUUAUUGGACUAUGUUUCUUGGCUUUACUUCCGCUUUUAGCACUAUUAUUGUGUUGUUGUUAUUGGUGGCUAUGCGGUGAUGGAGCUUGUCGACGACGUCGUCAACGUGAAGAAGAAAAAAAAAGACGAAGAUACGUUUUAGUAGAUAGAGCAUCAGCUGUUAAGUCCCGUAAUAGUAGUCGUAAUUUAUCAUCUACAGCUGCUAUGGUAGCAGAUCGACGAAAAACAGAAUCAAGAUCAAGAAAACGACGACUAUCGAUCCUACUAAAACCAGUUCAAAACUACAUGGUAUAUAAUGCAUCGGAUAGUGGUAAGGCAAGUACAUAUGAUGUUAGUGAAACAACAAGGGCAAGAACAUUAAGUAAUUCAUCUGAUUUAAAGCUUGAUGUUGGGGUAUUAUAUGAUCCUAAAUUAAAAUCAGCAGCAGUUCGAGCACUAAAUCGUAUCAGUGUAGCCCGAAUACAUAAAACUGAUCAGCAAGCUUCUGGUGCAACAGGCAAUGAAAAGAUCAAACCACCUGUUGAAAACGAUCAAAACAACAUAUCUAAUAUUGACCUUCCUGAUGUACAACCAACGAGCAGCGUUCAAAAUAGACGAGUUAGCGGCGUCGUUAAAUUACCAAGAAAAAAAUCGAUAACACCUUGUAGCCAUACUAUCGAUGUACCAAAAUCAGCUAUACAACAUGACACUGUUCCAGUGAAUGACGAAAACUCAUCAAAACCAAGUAGUGUUGUCAAUGUAACAAAAGUCCAUGGUCCAUGCAUUUCAAAAUCGUCACCACCACCAGCUUUAUCACCAUCUGAUAACGGUGAUAAAAGUCGUACUGACGCAUUAACAUCUACAGAUCAUGCUGCACCACUGCAACGAAGAAAAUCAACGUCUGUCAGUGUUGUUAAAUUAAAACGUCUUAAAUCAUCAAAAUUAAAUAAUAAACACGAUGAUUCACCAUUACCAAAAAUAGCCUUGGAUCAUGUUACUGAUCAAAGGGCUCAAUCGCCCGUUGCUAUUAAUGAACACAUACCACGAAAACGUGGAGCAAGCAUUAGUAUUAUUAAAAUACCACGUCCUAACCGAGUAUCUGUUCCGGCUUUAGCUGAAUAA